GUAGACAAUUACCCAAACCAAUUAAUAACCGUCCUGGAAAUUAUAAGAAAAGACCCGAAUCAUUAACAUCUCAAAUCUGGAAUGUUGUAAAAAAUGAUAACACCCCCAAUGAUAAGAAAUUUUUAGGUCUAACUUUACACGAAGUGAAAAAUCCUCAAACUCGAAAUCAAUUCAAUCUCUGGAUUGCUGAGAUUAUUGCAAUGCAUAGGAGAGAUAACCCUGAUAUGCUUUGCUUUUUUCUUAAUAGAAAUUAUGAAGAAUAUUAUAUUCCGUAUGAUUAG